UUCAGUGAUGGACACAUGAGUUGGGCUGACUCACUCCAAACAAACACCAGUAACCUUAAAACUACUGCCGAGCAGGAACGUUGUGGAACCAACACGCUUGGACUGAUUUCUGCCGGUGUUACGUGUCAUCGUUUUCAGUCUUCACUAAUUAAAGGGCAGAUUACUAGCUGAUUGAAGAAAAUGCACUGGACUUUGAAGACAGUUUGUCACUGCAGUGGAUUAACAUAGCGAGGAGACGCUUUACUGCAUUCUUCCAGCAGCUCGUCAUGAACAGAUCUGUCGGUGUAUCACAGCUGGCUGUAUUUCUGUUCUACAUUCUACUUGUACAGGUUUCUAUCAUUCGUGGCAAUUCCCACUCUAAAGUGAUGCUGUUUCACGAGGCGUGGGGUCGCAGUCUGUGCAGUGCCAUGCAGCGGCUGGUGGAGGUGGAUCAGGAGUAUCCUGGAGGUGUGGAGCACAUCUACAGUCCCGGAUGUGUUCCUCUGCUGCGCUGCUCGGGCUGCUGUAAUGAUGAGAAACUGGCGUGUUACCCCAGCAGAACACACAACAUCACCAUUCAGCUGUUGAGAAUAACUCCGGCACACAGAAGCAGAGAAUAUGUGCUUCUGUCCUUUCAGGAGCAUCACACCUGUGAAUGCAGGCCCAGACGACACCGCUGGAGAACUCAGCCUAAAAUGAGAGGAACGGGUAGGGGUCAACGCAGAAGAAGAAGAAGAAGAAGAAGAGGAGGAGGAGGAGGAGGCCGAACAGCACACUGAUGACAUGUGUGUCAGUAACUCUCUGCUGCUCUCUAGUGUAGAAACACAUUUAUCUGUAACAAUCAAAUGCAUGUACAGCGGGUUUGAUUUGUCUUUGAUUCUUACAUUCCAUGAUGAAUAAAAAGUGAGACAUUUUCCCCAGAUGAUAAUGAAUAUUUGAAGCGACAGUAAAACAAUCAGUUUUUGAAGGUAAAUCCCUCAGCUCUCAGUGAUAAUAAUAUAUAAACCUGUUAAGAAACAGACCUGCUGUGAACGGUGAGGUUAUUUAGUAACCGAUAUUUCAAGACAUUGAUUUCUUUGAUGUUGUGCUGCUUUUAAUGGAAGUUAAAUGGAGUGAUUUAAUGUAUGUUUCACACAAAUCAUCAUGUAGUUCACUGUCUCAAUUA